AUGGACGACGUCUCUGAUUUUGUGGUGGACUACAUAAAUAACGAUGUCCUUGGCGUGGUGGCCAUUACAUGGCUCAUCAUCGCUGAUCAGAGUUCCGAGUCGAUAUUCGACAAGGACUGCUUGAAGCUGUCACAAUUGCAUAGCGAUGCUGUCGAUUUCCCGAAGUCUGGGCAGCCCGUCGAACUCAGGAGCAUCCCACGGUUGAAAAGACCGGACAAGAAGAGGGCCAGUCCGCUAAAAUUCCUUUCUCUACCCGAUUGGAACGCGCCGGAAGUUGUUACCGCCAGGUCAUCGGGAUACUACGAGAGCCAGCGCGCUAUUGGUCGCCUGCACCGUGCAAUCACCCUUCCGGCCCUCAAAGACGCGCCUAAAUUUACUCGCUCUCGGCGCGACCGCCGUCGAGGGCGACGGCCAAAUGAGGCAAGCGUCGUCGACUGGUCUGCAGGCUUACAUGACAAGGAUCACGACGAUCCCGUCGUUCAUGGACUCAGCGCCUUGGUCCCCGAAGACUACGACGAGAUAACCGUCGAACAGAAGGAGACGACGGAGCAGCUCUUUCAGCAGUUCGCGAACGAGUUGCGCGGCAUAUGCUCUGCGAACGCACUCUCGCAGUCGCGCGCCGCGAUGCUGACGGAGGAAGAAGCCGUCGUGGGCACGAUCGUGCAGCAGACGUCCCAGCCGCGAAAGCGGAAGGACCACAUGACGAGGCUGCGAGACCAGACCGAUAUCCUGGUGAAGGCCAUACGGGACAAGCUUGAGGGGGACGAUGGGAACAGCCCGGAGGAUAUGCUGCGCAGGGCCUGGCAUGCAUGGUUGUUCGCGUAUCGGAAGCAGAACGUGGCAAUCUUCGGGGCGCAUAGCUUUGGAUGGGUGGCGUUAGGAGUUAUAUUUGAGGCGCUCAAAGAGAUGGCCGAGGAAAAGGGGACGCACGCUGAAGCACACACCGUAUAG